GACUUAUUAAAUAGAUUUAUUUGACCGACCACAAAAACUAUGACCAGUGUGAAUAUGGAAAAUCGUCACCUCAAGGAUGGAGAAUCCGAAGGGGACGAGGACCAGGGAAUCUGUGGGAAGCUGAUCAUCCUCGUCUCAGUGGUGAUGGUGGUGCUCACGUUCCCAGUGGCAGUGUUCAUGACUGUGAAGAUCGUGCAGGAGUACGAGAGGUCUGUCAUCUUCAGACUCGGACGUAUCCUGGGCGGAGGCGCCAAAGGACCCGGCAUCUUCUUCGUCAUCCCCUGCACUGACACUUAUGUGAAGGUUGACCUGCGAACUGUGUCUUUCGACGUCCCUCCACAGGAGAUCCUGUCCAAAGACAGCGUGACUGUGGCAGUGGACGCUGUCGUCUACUACCGUAUCUCGAACCCGACCAUCUCUGUCACGAAUGUGGAGGACGCCAACAGGAGCACCAAACUCCUGGCCGCCACCACUCUGAGGAAUGUGUUAGGCACCAAGAAUCUCUCGGAGAUCCUGGCUGACCGGGACACCAUCUCGAGCACCAUGCAGUCCAUGUUGGACGAGGCCACUGAUCCCUGGGGAGUGAAGGUGGAGAGAGUCGAAAUCAAGGAUGUGCGUCUGCCUGUGCAACUGCAGCGAGCCAUGGCCGCCGAAGCGGAGGCGGGGCGAGAGGCCAGGGCCAAGGUCAUUGCAGCCGAGGGAGAACACAAUGCCUCAAGAGCCCUGAAGGAAGCGGCCAAUGUGAUCGCCGAGUCUCCCGUGGCACUGCAGCUGAGAUACCUGCAGACGUUGAGCACCAUCGCAGCGGAGAAGAACUCGACUAUUAUCUUCCCCCUGCCGAUCGACAUGCUGAACCAGGGACAAGGGGGAAGCAAGGGAACUAAGAUGUAAACAAAAAUAAACAAGUGACAGGUCAAGAAACCACUACCACAUCUACUACACGCACAAUUGAAAACUGCACGUAACGUGGGAGCUUCGAAGAUCAAGUAAAACUUGCGUUUCUCAGCUCUUAGUGUAUUUUUGUAACUACUCAUAAUCUAUCGCACAGACCUUUCAAAUGUUUCUUUGUAAAUUUACCCACCUGACUAAAACAACUUAAUUAAUGUUGAAAAUCGUGGAUGAAGUUGAUCUGUACAUUUUUAUUUCGAUGUUGGAUGUUCAGUAAGAGACAACUUUUUCUAUAAAACGUUUAAUAUCAAAAAAAUUAUGUCCUUGAAGAUAUCGAUUUGCUAGUAGUUGCUAUCUCAAUAAUCAGAAGCUGCUAUUAACUUUGUAGUGUAAGAAAUUAUCGCCGUUCUUUUCUCGUUGGUUUGAUGUGCUCUCAACUUAGUUUAGUGGCUUUUUGAAUUUGAUCACAAAGUUCAAUUUUGUAUCUUUUGUGGUGAUCAUGUUAGUUUCAACAGUUUUAAUUAAGAAAAAGGAUACAUUUUGUCUCGAAGCAAAACACUUUCGACUUCUAACAGGAUCAAUUAUUUUGUGAAACUGCGCCGAGAAGCUCCUGUUAAACUGUUGAUCGAUUGUAAUUUGUAGUCUAUUCAAUUUGAAAUCGUAAUCAACAUGGUCAAACAAUCCGCUAAUAACCACUUACUCCUUGUCCUUUUCCUUUUUAUGCUCUCUGCGUUUUGAUAAUUAACUUUUUUCAGCAUACAAAUAGGAAAGAUUGUUAAAAUAAAUCAUAUAGCAACAGCUUUUGUAUGCAGUUUUCAAGUUAUUAUACAUUCUUUAACAGGAAACUUGCAAUGAUGGUAAAAACAAAUUAAACAUCAGCUAUUUAUAAAAUUCGCUAGUGCAAGUUUAUCGACCUGUAUUCGUGUCUAUGCCAACCUUGCUUACAUAAGCUUGCGUUGCCUAGUAGUUUUUUUUUCCGCAGGGGAGGAAGCGACUUUUCAUCCAUAACUAUUGAAAUAAAAAUAUCGAUGAAAGAAAAUCAUGCAGUUUGUUUGCUGUAAUAGGGAUAUUUACAUGCAGUUAUAAAGCAAAAGCACAUGGACUCAAAAAAGAAUGAUUCGUUUUUCAAAGAAUUGUUUGCCCAGUUUAAGUAAAUGAUUUUUAUUGAUGUUUUAACCCAUUACAGAGUCUAAUUUUCUACGCUUUCCUUAAAGAUUGAUAUUGAAUGUUUUGUUUCAAUCAGAUUACUGGCAAAAGUGAAAUCAAAUUGGUUUCCUGCAUGCUUUUGAUCUGACUCUAUAGAAGCUCCAGCAGUUUUAAAAUUGAGCCCAAUGCAAAUCUUUUUAUCCAAAUUUUCACUUGAAUGUCCAAUUAAAUUGUUUUGAACA